GGCCCACCUGGGCUGGGGAUGUGGGGAGGGGAGGGUGGGGACAGGAGGACACCCAGAGACUGGGAUUAGAUGCAAGGAGAGAAUUUGGAGACAGACUGCAAGACCAAAAUGGAGAGGGUGUGACAGCCACAGAGAGACCGGCUAGGAUAGAAGGAAGGGGGCAUGCAGGUAGGGACAGGAGAGCAGAAGUGGAAAAAGACAAAGAGAAAGGAGAUGACAGACACAGAGGGACAGAAACAGAAAGAGAAAAAUCACACACACACAAACACACACAGAAUUACAGAAAGGCAGAGAAUAACAGAUGAUAAGAGACACAGCUUCAGAGAGAUGGGGCAGGAAGGGAAGGUUGCAGACAGAUGGACGCAGAGGCAAGAGAGAAGAACAGCUUGGACAGGUGACACAGGCUGGCAGGCAGCACCUCAGAGGCCCAGGCAGCUAUCAGGGAGGGCCCCACACACCCCGCCCCCAGGGCGAUAAGGCAGGGCUUGGAGCCCCGCCAUACUGGCCCGCCCGGGGCCACCCCCCUGCCUGCUGGCCUGCCUGGUGCCUCUUGCUCCAACCUAGCCUGUCACCGCCACGCCACCGGCCCCCAGAGCCCAGGAACCUGGGACCUGCCCUUCCCCCCUCCAGGCCAUGAUGAUUCUGCAAUUAAUCGUGUUUGUGCUGGUGACAGGGCAAGUAGGAGGAGAGACCAGGAUCAUCAAGGGGUACGAGUGCCCGCCGCACUCCCAGCCCUGGCAGGCCGCCCUGUUCCAGAAGACUCGGCUGCUCUGCGGGGCGACCCUCAUCGCCCCCAGCUGGCUCCUGACAGCAGCCCACUGCCGCAAGCCCCGCUACAUAGUGCACCUGGGGGACCACAACCUCCAGCGGUGGGAGGGCUGUGAGCAGAUCCGGAUCGCCACGGAGUCCUUCCCACACCCGGGCUUCAACAACAGCCUCCCCAACAAAGACCAUCGCAAUGACAUCAUGCUGGUGAAAAUGGAGACACCAGCGUUCAUCACCUGGGCCGUGCGACCCCUCUCCCUGUCCUCACGCUGUGUCGCCGCUGGCACCCGCUGCAUCAUUUCUGGCUGGGGCACCACGUCUAGCCCCCAAUUGCACCUGCCCCACUCCUUGCGAUGUGCAAACAUCUCCAUCAUUGAGCACAAGGAGUGUGAGGAUGCCUACCCAGGCAACAUCACCGACACCAUGGUGUGUGCCAGCGUUCGGGAAGAGGGAAAAGAUUCUUGCCAGGGCGACUCCGGGGGCCCUCUGGUCUGUAACGGGUCUCUUCAAGGCAUUAUCUCCUGGGGCCAGGAUCCAUGUGCUGUCACCAAAAAGCCUGGUGUCUAUACGAAAGUCUGCAAAUAUGUGGACUGGGUCCAGGAGACUAUGAAGAACAAUUAGAUAGGACCGCUCUCCAUGGCCCAACCUCCUCAAGCUGGUGUUGGUUCCCGUUCAUUCUGCUAAUAAGAAACACUCAGCCAGGACUCUUCUAUGAACUUCCUUUGGGCCACCUUGACUACAGGAGAUGCUGCAGCUUAAUCAUCAACGUGGGGUUUGAAAGUGGUGAGACUUGGAUUUGAAUCCUGGCUUGAACUAAUUUAUGACUCUGAGAAUGAUAAUAGCUGCUUUGUUCUCUGUUGCAUCUCCAGCACCAAAAUGGUUCCUGGCCUACAUCAAGAUUUCAAUAAACAUUUGGUGAAUGAA